ACAUUUUUUUGCUGACUGGGCCAUUUUGUACUUCCAGGGACCCGUAUGGUUGGACAGCUGUCCACCACGCCUCUUUUAAGGGUCAUCUCAUGCUGAUCAAGUUCCUGUUGCAAACCGGCCAGGUGGAGGUAAAUAGCCAGGACUUCUUCAACUGCACUCCCCUGCAUCGCUCCUGCAGUGGAGGAAACCCAGAGACCACAGACUUUCUCCUCCAGAAGGGGGCGUCACAUUCAGCGAGGUCCUGCUCCGGCCAGACGCCCCUUCACCUGGCUGCAGCCAGCGGACACCUGGGCACAGCUCGGGUUCUGCUGCAGCACUUGGCCUCACCGAACCCCCAGGACUUUCAUAAGUGGACACCCCUGCACUGGGCAAUUUUUGGAGGCUGGGGGGAUGUGGCGGAGCUCCUGCUAGAUAAUGGGGCAGACGUAGAGGGAGGAGAAGGUGUGGGCACGAGCCCCCUACAGCUGGCGGUGUUGGUGGGGAAUGAGGUGGGGGUGAGGCUACUGCUCCACCGAGGUGCAGAUGCCAAUAUGAGGGGUCCUAAUGGGCACACAGCCAUGCACCUCUGUGCCUGCUCUGGAGACAAGAAGAUCCUCCAGCUGCUGUUAACAGGAGGGGCCAAGGUUGAUGUCAGGGAUGGAGAUGUGGCGUCUCCGCUGCAUCUGGCUGCCCGCAGUGGCUCCAGGGCUGUGGUGCACUUGUUGAUUCUGAAUGGAGCAGGACUUGAGGACAGGGACAACCUCAAAAUGACACCACUGCACUACUCAACACUCAGGGACAAUGUUGAGGCUGCCAAACUGUUGCUGCACUAUGGGGCAGAUGUGGAUGCAGUGGAGAGGCUCGGACAGACACCUAUGCACUUGGCCUCUGAGAGGGGUCACUGCAAG